AUGAAUUUUUUUGAACAGCCUUUGUCCACUGGGUGGGCAUUCAAGGACCGGGACGAUGAUGCUCCAGACGCGUGGAUGCCUGUAACGGCAGUACCCUCGACUGUGCAGCAGGACCUCAUUGCGAACAGAAAGUUGCUCGAGGAUCCGUACAUUGGUCUCAACGAACUAAAGGCUCACUGGGUCAACGAAAAAUCAUGGAUAUACCGAACAGAGCUGAAGAGACCAGAAAUCCCUAUUGGCACGAAAGUGGACUUGGUGUUCGAUGGCUUAGACACAUUUGCAUCAGUCACGCUCAAUGGCCAGAACAUCCUGACAAGCAGCAAUAUGUUCAUUGGUCAUCGGGUAGAUGUAACAAAGUUGCUGCUCGAAUCCGACGGCCCACACAUACUAGAGAUCGAGUUUGAUUGCGCCCAGCUCAAGGCGCAGGAGGUACGCAGCAAGUACCCAGAUCACCGAUGGGAUGGCUUCAACGGUGAUAUGGCACGUCUGGCCGUACGCAAGGCACAAUACCAUUGGGGUUGGGAUUGGGGCCCAGUCAUCAUGACCGCUGGUAUCUGGCGCGAUGUACGCUUAGAGGUAUACUCUGCGCGAGUAGCUGAAUUAUGGCCACAGACACAGCUGGAGCCCAAUCACAAGACAGCCACCGUCACAGUAACUGCAGAAAUCGAUGCCGCCAUCUCCGGAAACUAUACAGCUAGCUUCUGUCUGUCUCUGCGUGGAGAGGAGAUUGUCCGUCAAAACUUUUCUGUGAAAGUGAGCUCUAGUAAGUCUGUCGAAGCCAAGUUGCAGAUUAACAAUCCAGAGCUGUGGUGGCCUCAUGGAUAUGGCUCUCAGCCCCUGUACGAUAUGUCAGUAUCAGUUUCUGGAAAUGCAAAGGAGCUACAUAAAAUGUCGAAGAAGUUCGGCAUUCGGUCAGCCGAAGUUAUCCAACAGCCUGACAAGCACGGGAAAUCUUUUUUCUUUCGAAUCAACGGAGAAGAUAUAUUCUGUGGUGGUUCUUGCUGGAUUCCGGCCGAUAACCUCCUCCCCAGCAUUAGUCAAGAGCGAUACAGAAAGUGGAUUGACCUCAUGGUUAAGGGAGGUCAGACCAUGGUCAGAGUAUGGGGCGGAGGAAUUUACGAGGAUAAAGCCUUCUACGAGGCUUGCGAUGAGUCGGGUCUACUAGUCUGGCAAGACUUCAUGUUUGCCUGCGGAAAUUACCCAGUCUGGCCUGAGUUUCUGGAAUCGAUACAGCAGGAGGUAACUUACAAUGUCUGCCGCUUACGACACCACCCUUCCAUCGUCUUAUACGUGGGAAACAACGAAGACUACCAAGUUCAGGAGCAGGCCAACCUUACCUACAAUUACGAUGAUAAGGAUCCAGAAUCCUGGCUCAAGACGGAUUUCCCUGCGCGCUACAUCUAUGAGAAGCUACUGCCGGAAGCGAUGGCUAAGCUCUCCCCGAGUACCUUCUACCACCCAGGGAGCCCUUGGGGUGAUGGAAAAGUCACUUCUGAUCCUACUAUUGGAGACAUUCAUCAGUGGAAUGUUUGGCACGGAACACAGGAAAAGUACCAGAUAUUUGAUACCCUAGGCGGUCGCUUCAAUAGCGAAUUUGGUAUGGAAGCGUUUCCACACAUGGCAACGAUCGAGUAUUUUAUCGAAAACGAAUCCGAAAAGUUCCCGCAAUCUCAGGUUAUGGACUUUCAUAAUAAGGCGGAUGGCCACGAACGACGACUAGCGACCUAUCUCGUGGAGAACCUUCGUAUGGCAACUGAUCUUGAGACGUAUAUUUAUCUUACCCAGGUGGUGCAGGCGGAGACGAUGAUGUUUGGAUACCGUGGAUGGCGUCGCCAAUGGGGAAAUGAUCGCCAAUGUGGCGGGGCAUUGUUAUGGCAAAUCAACGAUUGCUGGCCGACAAUCUCAUGGGCGAUUAUAGACUACUUCCUACGACCCAAACCAGCGUACUAUACAGUUAGACGUGUGAUGGGGCCGCUAGCGAUUGGCGUUCGCCGAGAACACCACGACUGGAGUGUCGUUCACGCGAGACCCCCAACUACGAGCAAGUAUGAGGUAUGGGUUGCUAGUAGUGGCCGAGAGGUGCUGCAUGGUACCGUCGAGCUUCGGUUUUUGUCGGUAGCGAGCGGGCAAGAUCUACGGCCCCCAAGUGUUUACGAUGUCACCAUCACUCCCAACGGUACGACUAAUAUGGUUUCUGACGGAAUCAUUGAUCACCUCACGCAGCCCGAGGCUCACGUGCUCGCCGCGCGACUCUGGGUAGACGGUCACGUUGUGGCCCGUGAUGCCGAUUGGCCGCAGCCGUUCAAGUACCUUGAUUUUAGUGACCGCGGCCUGGAAGUAAAGGCCCAUAAUGGGACUACACCUGGACAGCAGAUCCUCACUAUCAGUGCACGCAGACCGGUGAAGUGCCUCGUAUUUGAGGAACGGGAGAACGUACACCUCAGCGACAGCGCGUUGGAUAUCAUGCCAGGCGACGAGCAGACGGUGACAGUCUCAGGGUUCAGUGAGAGCCACUCUCCACUCAAGUAUCGCUACUUGGGCCAGUGA